CUCUUCUAUCAAUAUUUCCAUUUUCAUUGAUCAUUCUCACAAUGAAUUAUCUCCCUCUUGUAAUAAUCUUCCUCUCUUUCAUCCUCCUUCUGAUUCUCAAUCUCAUCCACACAAUCCUAUGGGUCCCUCUGAAGAUCCAACGUCAUUUCAACAAACAGGGGAUAUCCGGCCCCAAUUACCGUCCGAUCUUCGGAAACUCAGCACAGAUCCGACGGCGGAUGAUUUCUCAGGCGGAAUCGAAACCCAUGUCAAUCGUAACUCACGACGUCGUCCGGCGCGUGAUGCCACACUACUAUAACUGGUCAACGAUUUACGGCAAAACUUUCAUUUAUUGGUUCGGGUCGAAAGCCCGACUCGCUGUAUCCGAACCGGAUAUGAUAAAAGAGAUUUUGAUGGAUACGAAUGGGUGUUUUGGAAAGGUUGAGUUUAAUCCGUUGUCUAGGCUUUUGUUUGGAAUGGGCCUUGUUGGGCUUAGUGGAGAUAAAUGGGCUUUUCAUCGAAGGAUUACUAGCCAGGCCUUCUACAUGGAGAAAGUUAAGGCUUGGGUUCCAGAAAUGGUAGAAAGCACAAAAAAGAUGAUAAAAAAAUGGGAAGAAAUCAGAGAGAAAAAUGAAGAGUUUGAAGUGGAAGUACACAAAGAGUUUCAUAACCUCUCCGCCGACAUUAUCUCAAGAACCGCCUUCGGUAGUAGCUUUGAAGAAGGAAGAAGAGUUUUUGAAUUGCAGGAUCAACAAAUAGGAUUAGCUCUUGAUGCCAUAAGAACUAUCUACAUUCCAGGAUUCAAGUUUCUUCCAACAAAGAAGAAUAGGAUGAGAUGGAAGCUCGAGAGAGAAACUCGGAGAUCGAUAAUGGCGUUGAUUGAGAAAAACGGCGGUGAAAUGGAGAACUCGAAGAAUUUACUGUCGUUGUUGAUGUCGUCGUACAAGAAUUGCGAUGGAGAGGAGGAGAGAUUGACUAUGGAUGAGGUUGUUGAUGAAUGCAAGACUUUCUAUUUUGCGGGAAAGGAUACGACGGGAAAUCUUUUGACUUGGGCAAUUGUUCUUCUUGCCGGUCAUUGGGAAUGGCAAGAUAAGGCUCGUCGGGAGGUGAUUGACGUGUGCAAAAAUCGCGAGUUUUUAGCUCCUGGAGAUUUGUCGGACUUGAAGAAUUUAGGUUUGAUAUUGAACGAGACAAUGCGUUUGUACCCUCCGGCGGUGCUGCUAAUGAGGAAGGCGACUAAAGAUGUGAAGCUAGGAAAUCUCGAUGUCUUAAGAGGGACAGAAUUCUUCUUGGCCAUGACGGCGGUCCAUCACGAUCCAGAGAUAUGGGGUUCAGAUUCCGACAAAUUCAAUCCUGAGAGAUUUAUGGUUCCCCGGAAGCAAAUAGGGUCAUUUUUUCCGUUUGGAAUGGGGCCACGACUUUGCGUGGGCCAAAACCUAGCCAUGGUGGAGGCGAAGAUCGUGUUGGCAAUUAUCAUAAGGGAAUAUUCGUUUAGGUUGUCGCCUUCUUACGUUCAUGCCCCUAGGCAGGGAAUGACUUUGGAACCUCAACAUGGUGCUCACAUCAUUUUUAGCAAAAUUGAUGAAAUAUAAGUAAGGCCUUUCUUGAAAAAUAAGAGGUCAUUCUAAAGUUUCUAUUAUAAAAUGUAACAUAAUAUCCUUUUUCAAAAACAAAAUCUUAAAUGAUGUGGGUCAGUUCCUCAAUUGGU